ACCAGCCGGUGAUGUGACGGCUGAGCGCAGACGGCAUCAUGUGACAGGGGAGUGGCUCCAAAUCAGGAAACACACACCACCGCUGCGAGCCUCAACGAAGCUUUCGCCAUGGCGUACCACGCUGGGAUUCCGGAGGAUCCCAAUGUUUUGGUCCAGAACAUCAGCUCCAACAUCCAGAGGAUCACUGUGCUGACCUCGGAGUUGCAGAGGGCGGUGUUCCUGCUGGGAACUGACCAGGACAGCAACCAGCUCAGACAGACGCUUCAACAAAAACAACAGCAAGGCAACCAGCUGGCAAAAGACACCGACAAACUGAUGAAAGUCUUCACGUCCCUUCCUAUUGGCCCAGAUCAGCGACAAAGGAAGCUACAGAAAGAUCGGCUGCUGAACGACUUCUCCGCUGCUCUGAACAGCUUGCAGAAGACGCAGCGGCAGGCGGCCGACAAAGAGCGGGAGUUUGUCGCUCGGGUCCGAGCCAGCUCAAGACUGUCGGGAGGUCAGCCUGACGACAGCUUUGGAAAUGCACCUCCAAGUUACUCCCAGGUGCAAUCACAAGCGGAGAUCAUCACCGAAGAAGACCUGAGACUGAUCCAGGAGCGGGAGUCGGCCAUCAGGCAGCUGGAGUCCGACAUCACAGACAUAAAUGACAUCUUUAAGGAUCUGGGCAUGAUGGUUCAUGAGCAGGGAGACAUGAUAGACAGUAUAGAAGCCAACGUGGAGAGUGCAGAUACCCAUGUCCAGUCUGGCCAACAGCAACUUGCAAGAGCUGCAGAAUAUCAGCGGAGCUCCCGGAAGAAGAUUUGCAUCCUGCUGAUAGUCCUGGCCGUUGCUGGUGUCGUAAUAGGACUUAUUAUUUGGGGCUCUCUCAAAAAAUAAGACCUUCCUCUUAUUGUUGAUGUUGUCAGCUGUGACAAAAUAUGAAACACAAUCCCUCUUAUCCUAAGUUGUCUGUCUAUCUUACCCUCGUCGGCCUAUUACAAAAUUUGUUUGCCUUGUUUUUGACAAUGAUGGUAGAUUUAUUGUGAAAGGUGGCCUUAAGUGAAUCAUUUGAUUUAGAUGAUAUAGUGUUGAUAUAUAUUUUUUUUCCUUUUUAUUGCUUCAUAAGUGAUGGCACAAUUAUUUUCCGAGUCUUUCUUUUGAAUUGAAUGAUUAUAUAGAUUAUGGAUAACGUCUUGGUAUAGUGAAUUAAUAUGGAGGUAAAUAUUGAUCAUCCUUCUUCCUGUCAGCUUAUAAAUGACAAUUUCAGACAAACCAGAUUCACCUAAUACCUGUUAUGCUUUAAGUUAGGAAUGUGUACAGCAAUUGAAAUGAUUUUGAGAAUGCACAUUUAGCAGUUUGAGCUAUAUUUAACACAUUAAAUUAAAAUAUAAAGCUGUCAAAGAUUCCAGACAAUAGAGGUAAGAUUCGUUCCUUAGGUUCUUUAUUUCCAAUCAAAAAUAGAUAUUUAAACAAGUUUUUCUUGGUCAAAUAAUGUAUAUACUGUCCAUCCUGUACAUAAUUCACCUGGUGAGGGCUGAGCAAUUCUGAGAAUUUUUUUUUCCCCGUUUAUUUUAUUUUUUUGUAUGUGUGUGGUUUAUUUUAACCCACUGACAUUUGACACUCCUGUGCACUUUUACAAUAAUUGUUUUUUUUUUGGUUGAUUUGAUCUCAUAUUCAUUUGUAAAAGAAAAUAUCCAAUUACGGUACAGUAGUUCAGUAGAAACUGUGUGAUGACCAUUUAUUGGACUACUACCUAUUAUUCGUUGUAUCAUAUACUGUUCAUGACCAAUCCCAAACUUAAGCCAAAGCCCAUGAAGGCCUGAUAUUAUAUGUACAGUCUUGUAAUAAAAGACAGACAUUAAUGCUACAGUUUCAGAAAUGUUCCAAUGCCUUUGUAAAAUCUUUUUCCAAUGUAUAAUAAUAUGGAGGUUUAAGAUCUGAUUGUAAUUCUCAAUAAAUUAUAGAACAAAUUGA